AUGUUCAGCCUUAUUAGCUCUGCUCUUAUUGCUCUCGCUUUGUUGAUGUUCUUUAUGACACCAGUUGGAUUAUGUCUUUUGUUGGCUUCUCCUUUCUGGACGGUAGGUAUGGAUGUUGUGUUCUACUUUGUGGAUAAUCAAUAUCCUGACACGAUUGUUGCAGUUGUUUCGGCAGUUGUGGCUCUCUUGUUGAUAAUCGUUGUUCGAUUCAUCUGGCGCGUUUUGCUUUUGCAAGGCGGCCCAUAUCCAGGUGAUGAGGCAGUGGUUGUUGCUUAUCCUGUCUCUGCUGCUGUUGCCGGUAAGUACGGCAUGUCCUUUGACGCACUUGUUGCUGAUGAGGCUGCUUCUCUCUCUUCCUCUUCUGUUAGUGGUUCGCGCCCUAACCAAGCUCCUCACGAGUAUCGUUUCUCUGUUGGUGGCUCUGUUAUUGUAACUUGCCCCCUCUUGGUCUCGCCAGAAAGUGAUGCAGUUAGUGCAGACUUGUCUUUGGAUGAGUCUCGCAUGCCUGAAGUUGAAGACGAGACUUACUGCAAGCAUGCAAAGGGCUUGAAAGUUGCAAGCAAUUGUGAUUCUCCUGCUCUUCCAGUUGAUAGAAAGCUUGUCUUUUUGUCUUCUGCUUUUCGCUCCAUUGAUUUUUCGGAUGGUACUUUUGUUGCUUCUGCUUCAAAUGUUACUGAGACGAUGAACGCUUUGGAUGCUGUUGUUGGUGGUAGUUGUGUUCCUGAUGCUAAUCCUUCGGGUGAAGCUGCUGGUAACUCUUCUACUACUAACUCUGGUGCUGAUAAUGAUUUCGUUGCUGCUGCUUGCUGCGGUGACACUCUUGUCGGUACUGUUCGUGGUACCUGUGAUACUAGUGUUGGUUUUUCUGACGCUAUAAUCAACAGUGCUACUUCUGGUGAUGUCCAGACCGAUGUUGCUCCUGUUGUAGGUGCUGUCGUUUCUGUUGAUGUCGCUGCCGAUGGUGCUUCCUUUGCUUCUUUGGUGUGCCCCUUUGUUCUUUCUUCUUCUCGUACCGAUGGUGAUUUAAUCCCUGGUAAGAAGAGAUUGAGCGAUGGUGACUUUGCUCUUUGUGCUCAUCAAGAGCAAGCCAAAAAGCGCAAGAUAGCUACCAUUGCUGAGAGCUCUCUCCUCCCAGUUCUCUUGGAGGCUAGUGCUACUGCUUCUGCCGGUGCAAUCUGUGCUGGUACUGUUGCCACUCCUGCUCCUACUGUGGAGCCAAUGGAUAUCUGUUUCCCAAGCCAUCCAAUGCCAAUGGAUAUCGACUCUCCUGCUGCUCUCCUCUCCGACGACAUGGAUGUCCUUGUCGAUUUCCCUGGUGCCAGUACGUCUUCGUAUUUGAUGGUCCUAAAUCUCAUGCCAUCAACUACUGCCAUGGACGUAGAUCCCUGUGGUUUGUGCUCUCCAGUUUGCCAGCCACUUGCCAUGGACUGGGCUGCCGAUGAUGGUGAUUUGUUUUCCUUUGGUUUGCCUGCUGCCACUGUUGCUUCUUCAGCUGCUCCUCCUCCCACUGCUUCCACUGCUGCUGAAAGACGCGUCAUUGCUCGCCCUCGUGGUCCUUCUUCUGCUCUUCGUCGCCAGAUGUUCACAAACGCUGUGUAA